AUGGCUAUGGAAAAUGACUCCUCCGUUACAGAGUUCAUCCUUAUGGGAUUAACAGACCAACCUGAGCUGCAGCUGCCCCUGUUCUUCCUGUUCUUGGUGAACUAUGUUGUCACUGUGGUGGGAAACAUGAGCUUAAUUAAUCUAAUUUUCCUGAAUUCACACCUUCACACCCCCAUGUACUUUUUCCUUUUCAAUUUGUCCUUCAUUGAUUUCUGUUAUUCAUUUGUCUUCACCCCCAAAAUGUUGAUGGGCUUUGUUUUGGAGAGGAACAUCAUCUCCUUUAUAGGAUGCAUGACUCAGCUAUUUUUCUUCUGCUUUUUUGUCCACUCAGAGUGCUAUGUGCUGACAGCCAUGGCCUAUGAUCGCUAUGUGGCCAUCUGUCAGCCUCUGCUGUACAGGGUGGUCAUGUCCCCUAGGGUCUGUUCUCUGCUGAUGUUGGGUUCUUACUUGAUGGGGUUUGCUGGUGCCAUGGUGCACACAGGGUGCAUGAUGAGGCUCAGGUUUUGUGAUUCCAACAUCAUCAAUCAUUACAUGUGUGAUAUCUUCCCCCUUCUUCAUCUCUCCUGCAGUGAUACAUACUCCAAUGAGCUUGUAAGUUCUGUUGUUGUGGCAACUGUUGUCAUUGUAUCCAGCCUCAUUAUCUUAAUUUCUUAUGGUUUGAUCCUUUAUAAUAUCAUUCAUAUGUCCUCAGGUAAGGGUUGGUCCAAGGCCAUGAGCACCUGUGGUUCUCACAUAGUAACUGUUGGCUUCUUUUACGGAUCUGGGCUGCUCACUCAUAUUAAGCCAUCAUCUUCUGGGUCUAUGGGCCAAGGGAAAUUUUUCUCUGUGUUUUACACUCUUGUGGUGCCCAUGUUGAAUCCCCUCAUUUACAGUCUCAGGAACAAGGAUGUCAAACUUGCUUUGAAGAGAACCCUGAAGAGGAUAACUAGCUGA